AUGGUGGAGCAUAUGGAUUUGAUGAGGGGGCAAGCUCUGCGGCGGCCACUGAUAAGAGCUCCACCACUCAUUGCAAAUAUUUCAGCUGAACUGUCUUCGUUCUCGCCUAACACUGGCACUGAGACAUUUAUAGGAGAAAUCCGAGCCAAAAAUUCCUCCCCAUCGCUGCCUUUACUCGCUCGUCAUCUCACUAGUAGCUCUUCACCGGUGUUUUUCCCUUCAGCCCUUUUUCGGUCGGCGCAGCAGAGAGACGAGCAGCACCUCACGGCUCAGUCCACGAAGUUCGACCGUUCUCGUGGCGGCGUAUUGCACCAUCGAGUCCCACACCAGCAGAUCCAAGCCGAUCUGUCCCUUUUUGGGUCAACCCUUUUCGUAUUUAGCUCAGAAUUGGAGCUGAAAAUGGCGAACUACUGCAUUUGGCAAAGUGUAUGUCUCGGGGUAUGA